AGGAUAGCCAGCACGGCCUUCCUAUAGCAUGCUAGCAGUGUGGGGUGUAAACAGGUGCAUCAUCGGAGUGCCUGACCGACUCGCGCCGGAUGCACAGCAUCUGAUAUAGGCACGAGGGCCCCUCGUACGCGUUGCGCAUUCUCUUUCACGUGCACGCAACCGUUUGGUGGCGGUAGAGAGAAGGAUAGCAGCCAAGGACAAGAUCCUACAGCAACACUCGCACCAUCGCAUCGCCAGCGUCGCAUUCACAUGUCAUUUCUACCGACACCCGCACGGCAUCCCCAGACAGAGGCGUGAUGGCGCCGCAAACACUCGACCAGAUAGUCAAGGGCGCACCGGCGCCGAGCACGAGCUUGCACAGGGUGGCCGAGAGCGUCGAGCGAGACCCGCCGCCAUAUUCAGCGUCCAUCCUCGCCGACCCGCCCCACGAUGCCAACGGCCGCCUGCCCACCAUCAAGACCCCGCGGCCGCCUGUUCUCAGCGACCCGACGUCGCUCCUGCCCUCGUCGCCGCCGCAGAUCUACCUGAACCUGCUCAUCCUCGAAGCCAGCCUGCGCAGCCAGUACCUCACCCUCCGCGCCCGGCGGCGGCAGAACACUUUCGUCCUCACACUGCUCGCCGUAUGGAUAGGCUUCUGCUUCUACCUCUUGUGGCUGCGGCCGCGAGAGGAUGGCAAGGGAAUUGGCGGGUCACAAUACUGGCUCGUUGAUAUGCUGCAGAAGGUUGGCUUCAUCACAGGCGUCGUCACGGCUCUGCUCUUCUGGGCGACUGGCCAAUGGGAAAGAGGGGUACGCUGGCCGCGCCGCUGGAUCGGGGUCGCGAACCGAGGCCUUAGGGGCAUGAAUGCGAAGAUUGUCGUAAUCCGAGGACCCUGGUGGAGGGAGCUGGUGGAAUGGGCACAUUUCAUUGUGCCCUUCUCUGGCGGGCUGUGGGGAGGCGAGCAGGGAGGCAGUUCAUACCACUUCAUCAACACUGCGCAGGAGAACAAGCACGCCUUGGACGGCGGCCGACCCCGCCAUCGCAUAACGGAAGACGGCAAGGAAUACGCCGAAGAAGACAUUGCGCCUGGAGGCGACUACAUCAAGCUACUCCUGCUCCCGAAGCCUUUCACGCCCGACUUCCGGCAAGAAUGGGAGGUUUACAGAAACGAGUACUGGGCCACCGAAAACGAGCGACGAGCUGAGCUACGGAAACGCGUCCGAGCUAGACAACGCGAGAUAGCAAGAGAAGAAGGCGGCUGGCUGUGGUGGACCGGCUGGCGGGGAUGGAAGCGCGCUCGCGGCAUCAGUGGCCGGAGUGCAGACGUGGAAAAGAGCGGACACCACCACGGCCACAGCCACAGUCUCUCGCACACCGGGUCUCGGAAACGACGACUAAGCACCUUGCAAGCCGCCAGAGGAAGAGACGGAUCGCAUUCGAGAAGCUCGUCACGCAGCACAACGCCCACGCCAGACGUAGACAUGGACGGUCGUCUCCGCCCGAUGGAAGGUCAUGAGCGCCGGUGGAGCAACGCGUCGAAUAGCACAACUACAAGUCGCAAGUCUUCUCUCCGCUCCAGCACAACCAUCACACAGGGCAACGCCCAGUCGGCACGCCAGCCACCGCAAAGACCUGCUGUCAGCUCUCGACCCAGUACGCCUAAUGAGGGUAACCUGCCUUGGCAGAGUAAGAGAGCUAGUAUGCUAAGCAACGCCUCAAGCAUGAGUGAAAUGGAAGAAGACGGUGGGUAUGAGGCUGCCACGGAAGGGAGGGCAGACAUACGACCAACGCCGAAGAGGAGGACUAGUAGGGAAAACGGUGGCAGUGGAAGGGCGGAAAGCGCCUAAACGACUGUUGAAGUGUUACGCAUCUACGUUCUGGCCAUGUUUUAUGAUACUCUGGUUUUUAGUCGGCGGUUUCUCGUUCCAGUUCAGCGAGCAUUUUGUCUUGGAGAGGGUAUAUAGUAAGAUAAGGAAGAACCGCAUACAGAAGAGACAUCUAUUGUAUUUAGCAUA